UGGUGGUAAAGUAUGACAUCGAGUGCGCGGAUCUCAACUCAUCUCCACUUAAAAUAAUAGUUUGUAAUAAAAUGAGCAAAAAAGCGACGACAUCAAAAAGUCAAAGCUCUAAAACGGGCCACAAGUCAACUAAACUGAAGCCAAUCGAUGAAACACAACUGAGAACUGCUUUUCAAUUGUUUGACACCAAUAGAGACGGACGAGUGAAUGAAGAAGAAAUGAAAUCUAUGCUAAACAGACUCGGCAUC